AUGGGGUGUUUAUUCUUCUUUUUGCGCCCUGCAGCUAAUCUUGUUUGGUCAUGGCAGCAGCGGUGGGGCUCUGCGACUGCGCACUUGCCAUGCGUGUCUCAUCUUUUGCCGCUGCUCCCUCGUUGUGUUGGUGGGGGAGGAGACGAGCGACUGCGUCGGUGGAGUUGCGCCCCAGUGGGAGAGGGAAGGCACCGACCGCUGCUGACGGCGACGGUCUUUGCUGCAGGCGAUGUGACGGGAGGACGUCACCGGUGUCACAGUCAACCGAGAUGGAUGAGGGCCGCACUGCGUCUCCCGCCCCUCUCAUCAUCCUCUCUGUCCACUGCAGUCACACGCCACACGCACCGCAGAGCGGCGUCGCGACCACCAUCCGGAUGUCUGUGA